ACUCGGACGCGGACGAUUUCCGGAAAAAAAUACUGUUUAGCUUGGAUAAAAGAUUAUUUUCUGGUAGUAAAAAUGCCGAAAAAGCCACCGCAAAACGCAUACUACUUUUUCAUGCAAGAUUUUAGAGAAGAGCAGAGGAAGAAAGGCGUCAACUAUGGAAACCUACAAGAAGUCGCAAAAGCUGCGGACCCGUUUUGGAGGGAAGCACCUCCCCCCGUCCGAGCCAAGUUCGAAGCCAUGGCGAAGCAGGCCAAACAGAAGAACAACGUUCCGGAGAAGAAGUACACAUCCACCGGCAUUUCCUUGGCUGAGAUAGACCAGAUUCAGAUGGAGGCGCAGAAGGCGGAAGAAGAUGAAGUUAGUGACAUCAAGAGUUUCGUCAAGCUGAACUCUUUCAGCUCUAAUGAUGCUCUGAUCCAUGCUGACAUUUACCUGAUGGAUGUCAACUUCUACUGUCAGGCCGGGACCGAAUUUAUCAUCGGAGAGUGCACUAUCCUCCGAUUCAACUUAUUUGAUGGCAUUAAGGACAAUUACCAUGAAAUCAUUAAUCCAGAUCGCAUUCCUCCCGGCUACAUCAGUGACAUCAAAAUCGGCUGUGAAGACUAUGGACUAGAUAUGCCCGACAGUUCAGUCCGGCCCUCAAACUACCUUCAAAUCCUAGCGCACACUAUAGACUACCUGAAAGAACAGCAUCGAGGUAGUCAGAGGAAGAAUACCUUACCGCCUGUGUACACUAUGCCGGAUAAGGUGGCGCCGGUGACCAAUUUUAUACAGCAAAUGUGCAGCCGAGCUUCCGAAGACGACCGUCUCUUCCGCGUGUACAAGCUCGACACCCUCUUCUUCCACAUGAUAAACGCUCUCAAGUCCCAUCAGGACGAAGGCUUCCCCAAGCAGUCUCUGGCCCUCACGCAGCUGAAGAAAGACCAGUUCAAGUACAACCCCGGACUAGGGUGCGAGUCUCACGAGGAAAAGGACAAGUCCGUGGAAUGCACGCUGUCCCGCACGCAGCGCUGGGCGUACACCAUCCUGGACAGCAUCUGCCCCGUGGCCGGCAUCGAAGCCCUGCCCGGCUGCCACGUGCCGCGAGAGUUCCACGUCGAUAGCAUCCUCAACUUUAAGGAACAGAGGAAGGACCGCGUUGGGCCGUCAGUAGCUGGAAGCAGCGCGGCGAUGAUAUCAUUCAACAGUUCCUUGAGCGAAUCAUUCGGCGAGGCCACUCUAGUCAACAAAUCUGAUAGCAGCAUCCGCUCGAAGACGCAGCCGCCAAUGCGCAUGCCCAAGACUGAUUACUCGCAGGCGCUCCGGCCUGCCCCCGAGCUGACGGAGAGCGACCUCCUCACCGCCAGCUUCGCGCAGGCCACCAUCGCCGGCAGAGGACGCGGCCGUGGUCUUCCUACUAACAAGAAGUAAUUUCACUAAAAUUACUAUACUACAAAGUUAAUAGAACGAGACGGAUGUUAUGUUUUGUCUUUAUCACGUGAUAGGUGACAAUAUUACGUCCGUCGAUCUAUAUUACUUUAUCGCAGUCUAUACUCUGUAUCUUUAUUAGGUACUUAAAUAAAAGUAAACAAAUAAAUUAUACAUUUUCGGGUAAUUAUAACAUUUAUUGAUUAACCAAACAAAUACAAAACCACCUGGAUCUGUCACUGAACGACCUGACUUUAACCUACAUUAUUUGAUCGUGUAAUGUUUUCGUCUACCCACAACUGGCUUAGGAGCCAUUUGAGGGUAGAUUUUGUUUACUUUUAUUUAAAUACCGAAUGAUACAAACUAUAGUAUAAAGACUUGGACUUGAAGGGUAUAAUCAGUACUAUCAGUAGGUUAAGAACAUGUCAGAAUUUAAAUGUCUUAUAAUGAAUCUCUUGGUGUUAUAGAAUAAGUGACAAAGUGUAUUAAAUUUCCCUUAAGACCCAGAGUUUAUGUUAUUUUGAUUUUUUUGACUAAUGCCCGUAGUAAUUAUGGGUACCUAUUAUUAAUUACUUCAAUGUACUUUGAGCCAUAUGCGAUUGGACAAAACAAUUAUUUUGUGUAUUUCGAUUUCAAAACAAAAUAAUCAAUCUCAUUUCCUACACUAUUGAUUUCAAAUUAAACUGUCUAUUUUUUGUAUGAUAGGCCUUAGGAGGUUAAGGAUCAAUAUUGUCUUGGAAAUGGGACGUAUUUAAAAAAAAACAUUAUUUAGGUUUUCUAUAAGAAAGGACGCGGAGCACGAGGAAUUCCAUACAUUCACCCGCCUGUUCCUAUCUCUAUCGCACGCGCAUAAUUAUAUCCAUGUCCCGCUCGCACAGUGUCAUUGACCUCCGGCAUCACGAGUGGGACACCAAUACACGCACGUGCGAUGGAGAUAGAGACGCGGACGGUGGGGUCAAUGUACUUCAUUCCUCGUGCUUGCGUAUCCUUUCUUUAGUACAAAAUGUACUACCAACGAGUAUUGUCCUGUCUUCUUAUUUAAAUUUGACGUGAAUUAAAUUACCAAAUAACUAUAGUUAGUAUAGUUAAGCCUUUUAUCAACAAAAAUGUUCACUUAUACACGGUGGCUAAAAAAUAACUGCAUUCCCGUUGCCAGGGAAGUUUUGGGAUUAUACUAAGCAACUUUUACUAUGGGACCAACCACAAAAUCGCGAAAAAAAUGUACCUA